CUUUCUUACACCAAUGUGACCGAUCUAGAGUGUGUAUGACUUCCAAAUAGUUCAUUCUAUAUCCAGAUUUGUGUCACAUGUAUUUAACUGAUUUAACAAUUCUUUUCUUCAGGAACUGUGCCGUCAAGCUAAAAUAGAGUACGCAGAGGAAACAAGAAAGGCUCAGGAACUGCAUGAUAAAAUAAAAGCUGAGAUCGCAGAGGCCAAGUACAACAAGCAUUACAACAUCUGCUGGGAGGUGAGAUCAGUUAAUCAUAAGAAUGAAUACUUGGUCUUGUGGAUUUUCGUGUGAAUAUGCUCGAUGAACUGAGCAGCCUUUCCCAGGCGUUCCCAGGCCUCAGAUUAAACAGGCUAAACACAGACGGAAACGUGUUAUCCCCUUCCCAUCUAUUUCUUACAUCCGUUUUCUCUACAAAGUGCCUCACUUCCCCUGUAUUAGCAUUGCAGUGUAGUUCCGAUCGUAUUCUUCUGUAAUGUUCAUGGAAAGGGGGAGUUUGGAUGGUGCAUUCCUCUUCCUUACCCCCUAGACUGCGAUCAUGCUCCUCCCCCCCAUAUCUUCAUAUCUCGCAGGUUACCUCACCCUUCUCCCGCUAUUCAUAUACACUUGCUUCUCAGUCAUCAUGAUUUGCGUGCUCCGCGGAAGAAUGACAUUACAACUCAAUAAAUGGCGACAGCGUCAAAUCCUCCCGCACCCAAACCCGCGCUCAUAUCCCUUGCGCUUUCCUCCUUGACAUUAAAUAGUCGCAACAAGAAGGAGACGAGUACGGGGUAAAUGAUAACUGGAUAUGAUUAUAGACAUCUCCUGCAAUCCGCUUCAGUGAGCAAACACAAAGAAAUGAGUUCGGGCCAAUUUAGGUUUGUGGGAAACUGCCCACCCACCCCUCCCCUAACUCAACGUUAACGUUUGCGUCUCAUUUGGGGCAAAAUGUUGGGUCAGGGGAGGGGUAGGUGGGCAGUUUCGAGGUUCAGGUGGACAGUUUCAUACAAGUCACUGUAUGUUGUCCACCCGACCCUCGAGUUGGUGCCUUUGUUCACAGGAAUGCGGGAAAGGUCUGUUAAAUAACAAGAUAAUUUUUUUUCUGUCUCCUUGCAGGUCUUGUCACAGAUUGUAGACUUUUCCUGUAAAAUUGGAGAGUACAGAGAACUAACUGAAAAGUAUGUCAUCAGUCUGUUUUUUUUUAGAACUUCUUUCUCCCAAGCACCUGUUACGGAAUACAGUCGAAUUUUCCACUAACGGCCACCUCUCCACAAGGGCCACUUUUUUUGGCGGACGGUCCAUACAUUCACUCUUGUUUCAACCUUUCUACAACGGCCAUCUCUCUACAAUGCCCACUUUCUUCUGCCCCCUAGGUGGCCGUUGUAGAGAGGUUCAACUGUGGUAAGCAUUUUGAUGAAAGUUUAGGUUAAAAUAUGAACUUAUUCGCGUCCAUUUUGUUGCAGACUCAUUCCGCCCAAGAUGUUUAGGGAAUGGAAAGUGCUGUUUCUUGAGGGACUUCCCAUUUACGAGGACGAGGUGGUGUAUCUCGCUUUUUAUUCGUUGGUUGAAUUCUUCUUUUAAUAAUCGGGAGCAAAGCCAUGUAUUGUGCUGGUGUUGUGUACUCUUUGUACGUUUAGCCUGUGCGUAGAUACACCCUUCGUACAGUGGAUGCCGAAGACUUUUCAUUCGCGGUUUUCGUUUUCGGUCAAGUCUUAAUCAUGACCCGCGUGAAAAGGUCAAAGACGAAACAAAAAAUUAAUUUGUGCAAAUUAUUUGGGAACUCAAUUUACAGCGGCGCGAUACAGACGUCUCUCUCCCCGAUUCUGUUUGAAGAGCGGGGUGACUGUACAUAAGUUAUGUAUAUUGUCACUGCGUGGUUUGGGUUUAGGACAAACCAUAGACUUUCUCGAAGCCCUACGCUUCUCAUUUCCGGUUCCGGUAGUUGGCCCCCGCGCGAGGGACGAGCUCUCGCUCUCUUGCUCGCUUUUGCAGCAGAAAAGAUAAAAAAUCUACCUGUCACGCUUCGCGCUCGCGAAAAAAUUUGAGCUCGACUUGUAGGCAAGCGGAGUGAAAUGGGCUGCUUGAGCUUUGAUCUUGCUCAAGCCAGUUGUGUCUGCAGAUUUAUCAUUUACUUUUCUAUAUUUAAAUCACGUAUUCUUUUCUCUUCGAAACGUUUCUUUUCCUUCUUUCAGCCGGUUGAUUUAGCAUCCAACACUGAACUCGCCAAGCUUAGGGAAAUCGAGAAAGAGAAAGAAGAUUUGAUGGACGAGGGAGACUUCUUGGAAUACAAGGUGAGUUGAAAUAUUACAGACCUUCAAAUAAGGCACAGGAUUAUUUCCACUGCGGCUAUGCUAGUGUUCUCGCGCUCGCGUAUUUAAGAAAGCGCGCGCAACGUUAAUUGCUCUUUAUGACGUAAACUUUUUGAGAGAGCAAACGCGGCAAAAUGCAUGAAGAAGCGGUUUUUGUUUUUUCAGGAAUUUUUUUUAAGGACUUUUCGCUCUCGUCCUUGAACUUGAACUACGCAAAGCUAAUUCUUUCAGACGAGAGCAGAUUUUCAUCUGUAUUGAACUUCAACGCAGGACAUUCGCGCGAUAAAAAAGUUAUUCUGAAAGCCUCAAAUUUGGAUGUGCGGCGAACGAAAUCACAAAAUCGAAAUUUGCAACUUGCAUAGAUUUAACUGAGGCAAUGUCGGCAUUAAAAGAUCAACUCUAUCAUUUCUAAGAAUAAUCUUAAUCAAAAUUCAAGUAUAAGGUACAAAAUUUUUUUGAUAUAUGAAGAAAAUAAACAUUGCUAUGCAAGAGUAGUGCCAGCGAGGUUUUAUUUGAAUGGCCGGACGGAAGGAUUAGAGCUCAUUACAUGUCUCCGCAAUACACUCUGAGAGUGAAAGAGUUAACUGAUUGUUCUUUUCUUUAGAAUUUAGUAGGCGAGUGGACUCCAACAGAGGAGUCGGACCUCAAAGGACCUCCCAAAGAUAAUGCGGUUUUGGGACAUAUCAUCCACAGACUCUUUAACAUCGUUUCACCGCCAGAGGUAAGUUGAAGCUAAAGCAGAGGGAAACCAGUCGCUUCGAUACGAACUCAAAAAGAGAAACUUCACAACAAUUUCAACCAAUUUAAGAAAAGUUUGCUCGUGAACAAGAAAAAAACAUUUGGGGUGAAUGACCCUCGUUCCUUAUGCCAAGUACGUGAAACUAUUUACACCUCGACCCAAUCAACUUGAUUCGUUUUGUAUCGAAACGACCGGUAAAUAUUAAGUAGGGUCCCCUCGUGGAUUUGUGGUCUGUAAAAGCAUGCAGGGUGUUUAUGAUGUGCUUGUCUUGGCCAACUCAGUGCUGUUAUGAUGUGGCAGUGGGAAGCUGUGAAAGAUUUCGGUAUGGCUUUUAAUGAAAAUAACUGCGCUAUCAUUGUACCAUUUUCAUUGUUUAUUCUCUUAAAGAUAAAGCCCUUGAUAGAAAUGUCUUCGAUUAUUGUUAAAAGCAAAAACCAAUUGCCUUCGUUUAGUUUUGCUGUAUUUGAAGUUAUGAUGAAAUGUUAUUUGUUCUUCUCUUUUUUUAUAGCGACCCCCACCCCCACCGGAGUUUCCUCCGUUUCCGAUCAAGGUCUGUUUUCUUGGAAAGUUUUUCAGUGGGAAAACGUCAACCAUCAAUAAAAUUCUUGAAGGUAAGAAGACUUGAAUGAUCGUAGGCCUCUGAGAAAGUGGUAAUAUCAAAGGCUCUUGAAGUAGAGCUUGUUUGGUUCAGUGGUAUGAGCUGGGCGAUUUUCUUAGCCUGCGUAGCAGGCUCUUGGAAGUAGGGUCGAAAGGGAGAACGGGCGCGCGCGAGGCUCCUUCUCGCGCGCCCUUUUUUUCUUGUGCUCACUACUUCCAAGCGCCUACGAGUUUCGUGGUUUGGUAAAGGGAGUUGGUCUUAACAUAGGGAUGGGUGGGGUUUCUUGAUAAUAAGCCAAAUACCCUGACGGAUAUUUUUUUUCAUUUUCUUACCUCUAAUAUAGAAGAUCAUACGAUAAUCAUAAACAAGGCUUCUGGCUCCAAAGUUGACGUCCCAAAUUGUUUGCAUUGUCUAUUUUGGUUCUCUUUGUAUUUGGAAAUCAAAAUAAAUGCUGUGACCCUUUUCUCUCAUUGUAGGCCACAGAAUGGUGCGUCUCUCCGUCGACGAUCUUGUUGCUGAAGCUGUAGAGGCUUACAAAAACAACGAAUGCAUUGAGGAACCACCCGAAGAACUUCCCGUGCCGGUGAGAAAAUUUUGAUUAUUUAUCGCGCAUUUUCCCGGGUAAAACGUCCCGCGAUAGAACAAAAAAUAGAUCCAUCAUUUGCUCUUUGUGACAGGAAAGCUAAAGAUCGUCUCAUCCGGGAAAUGUUUGCUUCUGAAAUCCGGAGUCCAAGGCUUUGGAAUCCGUAAUUCAUCUCAGGGAAUCCGUAACCCCGCUUUAAACGAGUGGAGUCAGAGUCCUCUGCUGCUUCUGCUGAACUAGGUCAAGAAGGCUCUAGAAAUGCCGUUUGUGCCAAAUACGAAAGAGCGUGCACAUUUACAGGCCAGAUUUGCGUUACAAGUUGUUUUGUGUUUGACUCAUAGGAUGAAGACUCCUCUCCCAAGAAAGUGAGCAUCCAAGAGCAGGCUGUCGGGGAGUCACAGGCUACCUCGCCACAAUCAGCACUGGUUGGGGAGGUCAAGGAGACUGGAGAAGGAAAAGGUAUCGUUAUUUUGUUGGAGUCUUGGUACUCAACAAUCAGCCCCCACUACAACGUAACAGCUCCAAAAUAAUAAACAAUUAUCUGACUAGAAAUUUAUUUUCAAGGGCAGUGUCUUGGUAUUUGAUGUUUUCUGCAAGAAAGUGCCAAAGAAAUAUCCCUCUAAAAUUCUUAGGCUGUUUGUCAUUCUAUUUGCACCAGAAAUUUUGUUUUGGCAAAGAUUGUUUGUGCAGUAUUGUUUUGGUAAGGGGAUCUUUUCAAGAUAACGUAGCGGUUUUUGUUCAUUUCUCUCGAUUAUCACGAGGGUCCCCAGGGAAGGGAGCUGUUUGUACUCCCUCGGUUCAUCAAUGCAGACAUCGUGUUCGCUAUACGCGAUACCAUUACCUCAAAAUCGCAGAACAAAUGACGGAAGAUUUCAUUCGCGAACGACAACAAGAAAAAUAGCAAAACAAAUGUAGGGAUAAUAGGCGUAAAGACGCACAUUCAUACGUUAACAACAACAAGAAGGUUUUUUGGAUAUCGCGCGGGUUAGUGUGACAGAAAUUUUAAUCUCUCUUUCCUUAAAUUAUAGGAAGUGAAGAUCCAAACAAAAUCGAAGAGAAACAAACUAGUGAAACUCAAGAAAGUGAGGAGAAGAGAGAUAAGACUAAAGAAGAAUUGGAGAAAGAAAGUUUAGAAGCUAAGGACGACGAGAAGAAAACACCUUCGAAACCAAAAGAACUGGAGCCUGUGUCAUCUAAAACGAAAGGACCUACGGUAAGUGCCUGCCUUUCUGAAAAUCCUUGCAAUAAGGACACCUGUCAAACAGGAAAAAGACAAGAAUAUAUAUUAAAAAAAUGAUCAAUGAAGAGAGAUGAGUUAGGGCAUCUGUUUUAGUUGUCUUAUUUUCGUUGUGGUGGACUGGUGGUGUCACAUUUUGUCCAGAGCACAGUAUUUAUCUGUGAGUGUUUGUAGCGGGCUACGAGUUUAGUAUUAGAAGUGGAUUGCAACUUGACAAUGUUAUUACCAGCGCUCUGUCACCUUGUUUCCGAUAGAGUCUUCAAAAAUCGUCAAGAAACUUUCCAAGUCUUUUCCCUUUUUGUUUGCUUACAGAAGUCUUUUCCGUUUGCUCUCGGCCUGGUUUUCACUCAACCUCACGGUUUCAACGCCUGUAUUAGGCUUCUUGAAAUAUUAACUUACUUUUAAUAUUCUUGUCGCUGCUCUAUUGAAGCCGUUUGUGUGUAGUCACUGUGAGCAUUACAACGACAGCAACAAAUUAUGGUCGCCGGGCUGAAGAGCUCUUUCUCAUCUUACUUAGCUUCCAGAAGAAUUCGUCUUUUUGGGCAUUCUCUCAACUCAAACACAGGUGAAAGUAUAACUUUGGUUUCCCCUAUAUUUUAACAGCUCACAACUCGCGCCAAACUUGGAUCAAAGGCUUAUGGUUUCCUGAAAAAAGGGAAAGCGACCCCAGACCAGUUGUUGGUCGACAUCAUGGUUGAAGCCGUCAGGUAAGCAUAUCUUCUUUUGUAGCCUCCGAACAAGCUCUCCACGGGGCAGUCGCGAGAAGUCACUCGAGAGCCGCACGCAAAAAGAGACGCGCACGUUCUCUCGCAGCUUGCUGCGCUCGCCACAAUUGUAGGGUACUACGUUUUUAGAUCAGGCUCAUAUUCCCUAUUCUCUCACUGAUGGCAGGGGUCACCUCUCAUCUGAUUUUUUAUCACCUAUUGAGGGGCAAUAGAUUGGUGCAGGCCUUUUGUACUUUUCUACGUUCAGCUAAGUCCGGGGCUGGGUUCGAAGAUGGAGUUGGGGAUGCUGUGCCAGGAUAAUUCAAAUAAUCAUUUGAUUUACGACCAAAAUAGGCGAUUUUCUAAACCCGUUUUUACGCCUGCCUUCUGAAUGCUGCGGCUUUCAAUUUGACAUCCCAGUGGUCUAUUCUGAUUUUGAGUACCUUGAAGUGUGGUUAGUCGGGUUUAUAUCACUUAGAAUGACAACUCUUUUUCGUUUGAAACUGAAGAGAGAUAACGAUGGUAUUUUAGUUUCUGGUCUCGAGAUCCUAACAAAGACAAGAUUUGUCAAAAUCUUAGCCCCGUCAGGCUCUCGGAUAGUAAAGGCGUGGCGAAAAAUAGGUCUAGGGUUUUCACUAUCGUUGCACAUGACUAUCUUGGAACCUGGAACAGGCUGUCAAAAUCUGUGUUCGUGUAGUCCGUUUAUGUUCAUCACAGGCAGGAGAUUUUCAUUUUAGAGGCUGGCCAGCAAAGACUUUUUUUUAGUUUUCCCUGAUAACAGUAAUAUGAUUCCUUUCAAAGGCAAGUACCUGAUGGGACUGGCUGGAUUAUGGACGGGUUUCCAGGUACUAUCAACCAGGCCAAGGUAAUUGUUUAGUACUAACAAGAGAUCAGGCUCUAUUUUCGUUUCGCUUGGUACAUAAAAUUCUGGCGAUUAGUUAAGAGAGAAUGUACGGAAGCUGCUAAAAUUGGGCCUGAUCUCAGGUCAGUUUAAUACUAAUUUUCUUCUAUCACGAGAAUAAAUUUCCUUUUUUUUAGAAGCCAUUAGCUUGAUUGCGUGCCUGAUACCAAAUAGUAACAAUGCUUCUGGGCCUGGUUUCUCGAAAGAUGGUAAUGUUUGUUCCAGGGUUAAGCCAAAGUUUAGUUUUCUUGUCGAGGAAUACGUCGAAUACCUGUUGCGGUAACACAAAGUGACACUUAAAAAAGUCUAUAGGAAGGCAAAUACAACCGUGGAUUACAUUUUUAAAUCGUAAAUUGGUGUUUACUCGCCUUCAGAAACCAAGUUCCAGAUGUCUUGCUACGAAAUUAAUCCCCAUUCUGUCCAUUUGGGACGUACUGAAUUCUUAAUGUGUUUACAGAAUCCGAUUUCGCUCUUAUGGGCUCAACCAUUUUUUUAUUGCAGUUGUUGGAGAAAGCUUUAAGUGGAUAUGAUGCACAGAAAGAAGCAAAGGAUGCUAAAGCUGCUAAAGAACCCAGUAAAGUUAGCAAGACAAGGAAAUCCCGCCUCGCACCAGACCCCCAUCCACCUACUGAGGUAUGUAGCCUAUGUGGAGACGUACCCUCCCCUGCUGGAGGGGGGCGGGGAUGUACGGCUAGACAUAGUCAUGGGUUGAAAAAAGCAAAGCGCAUUCGAGCCUUUCAACAAAACUUUGAGUGUUUGGAUAUUGGAUGAAACACUCUUUCUAGUGUUUCCCUUGCCCUAAGGUGGUGACAUGCGUGGUUUUUCUACUGUUUGGAAAAGCAAUUCAAAUACUUAGUGGUUCUUGAAACACUUAACAAAUUCAAACUUUACAAAAUUUAAUUAAUGCCAAUGAGAAUCCGAGUUGAAAACUUCCUUCAUCGUACUUUUUAAUUUUCCUUGGUUUCCACGUCAUUAAACAAGACAGUUUUGAGAAACGUAGGUUAUAUAACAUGGAACAGUAUGUAACCAGAAUGUUGAUUCCUCUCCAGACCCCUGCGCCCAAGAGCGGCAUUGACUUGGUGUUGCUAUUCGACCUGUCUGAUGACAUUGCGUUAAAACGAGCUGAAGGAAGAACAUGUAAGACUCAACAAGAACUUUUUUCAUCUCCACCGCGGUUAAAGUGAUAAAAUCAUUUAGUUGGUGCCAUGUAAUAGUUAUGAAGACACGCUUAACAUCUUUGUGGGGAAAUGUUGUUGCAAAGUAAAAUAUGUUUUAAAAUCUUUGUGGGGAAAUUUUGAUGCAAAGUAAUAUCUUUUUAAAAUCUUUGUGGGAAAAAUUUUGUCGUAAGGUAAAAUCUUUUUAAACUCUUUUUGGGGAAAGUUUGGUUGCAAAGUUUUACGAAGCGUAACCAUCCGUCAAAACUAGAUUUUUCUUGGCUGCUUUUUUUUCGUUAACGUACGUAACGCAGUUCGACGUUCGAAGUUCGUCCCGUGGUGCUGUUUGCUUUAGGCCGCGUUUGUAUGGAGUAACGAUGUCCGCGGUAGAAAGGUCACUUACCUACACGAGCUAUUCUGGAUGAGCCAACUCUUCGUUCAUUUCCUUACAAAAUGUGGUGAACCGUUAACAUGAGAAACAAAACUUUGAAUCGGCUAAAGGGGUGACCCACCUACAGUGUAGGUCCACAUAAAUACUUUGGCUCCCCCAGUCAACUCGGUCAAGGCAAGACAAUUGGAGCACGGAGAGCGCUGUUUUAGACUAUCAGAGAAUGCGCGAGCGCUGUUCGGCUGGAAGAGAGGGGCAACUUUUUUCUCAUACAAGUGCUCGCUUAAUAAGUUGACUGGACUGGAAAGGUGGUAUUGAAAGGAAUUAAGGUCUAUACUUAAGAUGUGUGUUGUUUUUAGAUAAUCCCUCGACAUCUGAUCUGUACCAUCAGGAAUACAAUCCACCAGUGGAAGGUAGCUACACAGGAAUCAACAAACAGGAGAAAGUUGUACCCGUUUCUGAUCCCUCCAACGAUCGCGAACAAGUCCAACAAAGGUAUGUGGUCAUUUUAACACACUGACUGUAAUUAUUCUCCUCUACAUCCUUUUCCAGUUAGAGCGUUUUUGUGAUAACUGCCCGGUGAUGUUAUUAGAUCAGCUUCGGUUUCUGGGAAACUGCCUACCUACCCCUCCCUUAAGCCAACAUUUUGCCUAAAGUGAGAAGUAAGAAAUAAUGUUGACUCAGGGGAGGGGUAGGCGGGCAGUUUCCCACAUUCAAUUCAGUAGAGAAAUUGUUGAAACGAAAGGAGUAUUGUACUGUCUAGUAGUGUCUAACCCCUCAGUGACACUCACUCUUUCUUGUAUGUGCGAUCUACUUAGAGUUACCAUACUUAGAGUUGCAUACUGUCGUUAUUGCUUAGAAUCUUUGGCUUCGUGGACGGCUGGCCUAAGCUGGAGAAGUGGUUUACAAAGUUCGGAAUUUUUCAAAGAAUAGAUGCCAAUACUAGUCAAGGUACGUGUAACAACAAGACUGUAGUUUCUAUUGUUAUCACUCCUUCUCUUUCCCUGCCCCCCCCCCCCCCCCCCCCGUUCGUUCCAGUUCUUGUCAAUUUUAUCGAUUCUUCUGUCUUGUCUAUCAUGAUGCUAUGACAUCAUCAUUCCAGUAGUUCACUCUAGCGUCACUUAUAAGAUUAUCCACUUUCGUUUUUUGUGUGUGUUUAGAGCAAUUGUAUGACGAGGUAUCCGGGUUAUUGAACGAAACUUACCAGAAGCUUAUUGCACCUCCCGAAGAAGCUCCAUCUGUAAGUAACCAUUUGAAGAGUUUCUAUGAACACGUUAUAUUUUUGGGCAUCUUACGGCCGCAUUAACGCAAUUAUGAAAAUCAAAAGGUUGAGUCAGAUUUCGUUUAUAGCCAGUGUAACCAACUUUAACAACUCCUCCUUGUGGCUGUUUCCGCGAGCGAGUUAACAUGAAGCGAAUUCUGUGUUCUGGUUGGUUAACCGAGCGGGCAAUAUGAAGCGAAUUCUGUGUUCUGAUUGGCUACUCGAUAAUACAAGUAAUUUGAGACAACGUGGCCUUUUCCACGUCAACGAAAAACAAAUGUGAUCAGUUGGUGGUGUCAGUGUCUCUGAGUGAUAAGCUACAAACGAAUCUUUUGCUAAAAUAGGUGUUGUUGAUUGAUUUUUCCAUAGGAACCUUCCGUACAGCCUGGACCUACAACUGAAGGUAACAAUUGUGUAAUAAAUAAAUAAAUAUUUAUGGUUCUUAUUUCUGCGCUGUGGUUUCGCACGAACCUAUGGCGGUGUUGUUUCAAAUUGCAUUGUGGGACUGUUAUAGGUAUUUCAAAGCUGCGCAGGAGAUUUGUUCAAAAUUCUUCCCCCAAAACAAUUCCAUAAUACAAUUUGGCCCACAUAUUUCCAGCAUCAAGCGUAACCGCUGUGUAUCACUGUACACAAGAAUCACUGAAGACAACAGCUUUUGAAUUCCUUUUCAACGUACCAUUGUAUCAAAUGAAUGUGGCAGAUAAAACCAAGUUUUUAUGGACAUAAAGUGUUUUUCGUUUCCUAGGCGAGCAACCGACUGCAGCUCAAUCCACACAGGGGGAGGUUCCUCCCAUUGAGGGUGUGGGAAGUGAGAGCGCAGCUGCGCCCCCUGAGACUGUCCCUGCACCGUCCGAGGCCCCCUCUGAAGCAGGUGUCAAGUCCGAAAGCAAAUCUGAGAAGGGGACUUCGAAGAGUAAAGGAGAUUCCAAACCAGGUAUAGACAAUGAAUGACGUAGAAAAAGAGAGUUUUGUGCUCUCUUUAAUCAAAAAUAAUACUUUGAUAUUGCUCUGAUUUAUUAAUUGUGCCCUGUGAGGCGCUAUUUAGAAUUUUAUAAAGAAUACCGCAUUUUACAAGAAUCUUACGAGGUAUUCCUGUUAGAAUUCUUAUGCAUGUUCUGAUAGUGAAAAGAAUGCCAGCCUGUCUUGAUUGAACGGCUUUCUCUGCAUUUUCUAAUUCUAAUUAACAAUGUAUUCUCUUAGUUCUCAUUACAGUCACCCUGGCGUGAUGGUCGCGUUUUCUUAUCCCGGAAUUUCCUAAUUUUCACUGAAGCCUAUUAGUAACAGUCUGUUGCACUUGUGAUUUAUCUUAGCUGCUUUAUCAAAGUAGUAAAGGGCGCCACCGUUGAUAGUUAUUAAUCAGCGUGCAAGAAUGACCUUAUGUCACUGAUUUUAGCCAAUCAGAAACUUUUUUUGCUACUAAGUGCCUUCACAUUUUAGUACCACGUGCCAAACAACAACAACAAGCAACAUCAUUAACCGCAAAGAAAACAUAACACAAACAAACUUGUACAAUCAUCAAAUGUUUUUCAUAAUCAAUGUGCUCUUACUGUGUUUCUUUUAAAGGUUCACCGAAGUCACGAAAGAGCAAAAAAGAUCGUUCACCCUCCCCACAGGCGUCUAAGAAAGGCACGAAAAGCCGCAGCCCCACCCCUCCUAGUUCUAAGAAAGGCUCAAGAUCUGGUUCGAAGUCUCCAUCGACAUCAAGGAAAGGCUCACGGCCUGGAUCCAAAAGUUCAAGACCAGGAUCGAAGAGAGCCAAGUCUCCGAGUACGUAACAUUAUCAAAGUAGAAACGGGACCUUGUUUUCUUAAAAUCGCCACCUUCAAUUAAACAAGGAAGCUUAUGAACAGUAGAGCAUAUCAUACCCAUAAACGUAACUAACAGAAGGCUAGUCUUUUGAUUGGUGCGUUUAUUCGAGAGAAGUCUGUUCUUUUUCUCGCAGAUAGGAGAGGGACGCAUCUUUUUGCAUGUAACAACUUUCCCACGCACUCGUGUGUUUGAUUCGCUCAAACAAAAAAAACUCCGAGGAAAAGAAAGUACCACUUUUAGUUUAAGUAAAUCGAUAUUUUUCUGCUGAAGGCUUGAGAGUCAUAAUUUAAGUCUUCAAGUAACUUUUAAUAAUUAGUGAAUCCUUGAUCGAUUGUUUGUAGAAAAGGGUGCUGAAGAGGUUGAAGAGGAAAAGCCUCCUGAACCACAAGGACCUCCCGAGCCGGAACCUGGGUCAGAGGACUGGGAAUAUGUUGAUCAGCCUAUUGAAGUGGUUUGUAUUCUGAUUAGUUUUUACUCUUAGCUUCAGCGUCGCCGUUACCAUCGUCAUCAUUAUCACUAUCACUAACACCACUGGUCAUCAUCUUCAUCAUCCGCAUUGUCGUCGUCGUCGUGUCGUCGUCUUGCCGUCGUCGUCGUGUCGUCGUCGUCGUCGUCGUUGAGGUCCUCCUCCUCCUUCUCAUUAUGGUCAUCGUCAACGUCAUCAUCAUCAUCAUCAUCAUCAUCUUUAUCAUAAUUAUAAUCUUCAUAUUUAUUUAUCUUCAUUGUCCUCCUCCUUUGCCCCUCCAGAAACGCCGUCGCCACUAAGCUAUUACACGCUUCCUAUAUGUAAAUUCCAGUUGUUACAGAAACCAUCAGGCAAUUUUUCUCUCGAUUUUGACAUCUGGUCUUUUUACAGGAUUUUGCUGGUGUUCUAACCAGCCAGUGGGAGAACUCGGAGGAGACAUACAUCGAUUCGUGUAAAAAGGUGUUUGGAGAGAUAAGACGCGAGAGGGAACUGAUUCACAGAUAUUUCUACGGCACAAGGUUUGAAUUGAGAAACUGUUAUUACUCAUAGGAGGAAAAAGGACGACCAAUUUAAAUCACACCCGGAAGAAACUCUAUAUUUAUCAUGCUGUCCAAGUUCGCUUUACUUUUGCUUUGUUGGUGAAAUGUUAAGGUGUGAUCAUUUAGCCGAAAGCUAUACUCAGGAAUGCUUUUCUGUGGUCCUGUUUAUUAUAAUAUUAUACGACGGAGUUAUUUUUCUAGUCAAAUCUGUGUCUAGUCUAAUUCUCUUCAGUAUAGAGGAGGUGAAAAAACCUAACGUCCUUUUACUGUCACAUUCAUUUAUGCAUUAUGUUGUUCCCUUACCAGGAAAGAUUUCGUACAAUUUUUAAAGAGACCAGACGAGAAACAGGAAUACGUUCAACAAUGGCAAAAGGUAACGUGAAUGAGCGUAGUUUUUGACUUUCCAAUUUGCUUGCAGUGUUUUUUUCAGUCAGUAGAGUAGGGAAAACUGAACAGACAAGUCAAAAGGGCUGGAGACAGUGAACGAUCUCGAGAGAAACUGGGAUCUGUUAGCGUAAACGCCACCCCAGUAUACUUCAGCUUGGCCACAAGACAAUCUCUAAAGAUACUCUAUUCUAUUUCCUGGUUUUUUCCUUUUGUUAGUCGUACAACGAAGUUGCCGAGGACAUGAGAGGAGAUGAAGACACCAAGGCUGAACUGCAUCAACAGCUAGACGUAUGUUACAUUAGUCAUGUCAUAUUUUUCAAUAUUUGUGUUUUUGCCAGUUUUUCACCUCAGUUUGGCUGCACCGUAGAAGAAACCGGAUUCAACGUAAUUUUAAUAAUUACCAUUAUUCUCGUGUCUUUAUGUGAUAUAUAUUCUCUUACUGAUGUAUGAAAAUAUUUAACUAAAUUCGACCUGUUCGAAACAAUGUACUGCAUGUCAUGAAAGCUAUUAAUCAUCGUGGAUAUUGUGUUGUCUUCAGGAUCUUUGCGAUCGGCUGUACGACAUUUGCGACAACCGUAAGGAGAUGGCUGAGAAAGAGCGGCAAUCAGUAAUGAGUGAAGGAUGGCUGGAAGAUCGGUUGGGUCUCCUCACUAACUUCUACGUAACACUCAUGCAAGCUGAAGUGGACAGAUACCAAGAUACUGUUAGGCUGCUUAGGGAUUACUACGUCGGCAUGGAAGGUACCGGAGAGAAAUAAGCUAAAGCCCUGCGAAUGACUGUCUCAUCCUUAAAUAAGAUGGGUUAUAUAUCAUGCUCAGCACACUGGAUAUUGAGAGUGAGGGAAGUCAAACCCUUGCAUAAGAGCGUCUCCCCCUGAAAUAGGCUGGGGCUUAUACCAAUCAGUGGCGGAUCUAGGGGAGGGGCCCGGGGGGCCCGGCCCCCCUUAUUUUUAGACCAAACUGAGGCCCGAAGGACCGAAAAAAAGUUUUUUGGAGACCGGGUCCCCCCUUUAUCUAAGGGUCUGGAUGACCACCCCCCCCCCCCCCCCUUAUCUCAAGGUAUGGAUCCGGCACUGCCAAAACACCUUCAGUCCGCUGCAUCAUUAAUUACCCUACAGGAUCGUAUGGAAGAUUCUGCAGGAGAUAACAAAACCUCGGCACUAUGGCCGUAUACGAGGACAAUGUCAGAUUGUUCCGACGUUUCUUUGAUUGUAUGGAAGGUAUUGAGGGCAUAGUACUGAUAGUGGAUGUCUAUGCUUUUCAAACGUCUUUCUGUCUCAGCUGUUGGGGAAUUUUAAUGAUAUGUGUACAGUUGAACCCUGUUUAAACUUACAGAAAUGGGUAAGAGCUCGACCAACUUCAAAAAUGCCUCUUUUGGGCUUAAUAAAACUAAAAAGCAAAAGCAAAAGUUUGUGGCAGUGGCAUAAAAGCGUAAAGAUGGGAGAAAGAUGAUUGUUUUUGUCUUGAAAAGCAUAGUUUUUGAACGCUUCUUUUACUUUUAGGUAAAAUACCAAACGAAGCCAUCUCUGAGUACGCGCGCUUACCACUUGUUGAACUACCGCUGACUGUAAGACCGCAGUCUGCAUCGUCUAAGUCAGGAGGAAGCGAGAGUGUGACAAACCUAACAGCAGCUGAAAAGACUGAAGUGAAGAGUCCAUCAGGCAGGAAAGAAAAGGAAAAAGGAGCUACAAAGACCCCUGAACCCACAGAAACACAAGAAGAGGAGCAAAAACCUCGGUAAGUUGCGCUACCUUUGAUCCUAGUCACUUGACCAAUUAGUGAGUUGAUGUCUCUGUAGCGUGACGUGUCUUUAUAGGAAUGUACUGUUGAGUGACUGUGUGACAGCGUGACAGUAGCGUCCCAUAGUGCGACUCACUGCUAUUGGAGUCGUCACCAGAGUAACGUAACAUGAUACUGGCUGACUCUGAUUUCACAGUACUCUUAUUAAAGGCUCAUUCGUAAAAGGCGGUGCCGGUGUAAAUAGAGGGAGCUCUGUCAGUCUACUCUUUUCCAUAACAGCUGGGCGUGCUUAUCGGGGUUUUUUUGGUACUUCUUCGCAGCAUCCCUUUAGUGCCCAGACGCCCCAGAUCUGGAGAACCAGGUACCGGGAGAGGAAAGGACAAGAAAGGGGACAAGAAAAAGGGCCAAGCAGCUGACCCUGACAAGCCUGAGACGCCCGUGCCGCCUUCAGACCCGGAUGAAAAAGUAAGCGGCCAACUAACCUUCUUUUAAAGAGUAACAGCCUUUCCCGGACUAAUUACAGGUUCCAACUAACAGACUAUUAGCCUUGCUCAAUCGAAGGAAUUGUCAUACUGUAAAACUGCUUUAGAUAAUCUCCAGCCUUUUAACCAGUUCUGCUCGCACCUCCUGUAUAUUAGCUGAUUGCAAUCCUUAGCUCAAUCAAAAACAGAGGACAUUUGCAAACAUAUUUGGGCCAUACUAAACAGCUAUCGUCUGACUUUCACAACAGUCAAGUUCUUCAUUUAAACCCUUGACGUUAGCAAUUACUAAUUAUGCUUGACGUAAGGUUGUACCGAACUGGCGCCAGACGUUUUGCGAUGGUCUACAAUUUUUCGUGGUUUUUGUAAUCGAUUCGUGAACGUUGUAAGUCAUCAAUCUCUAGAAAGAUCUUCGUCUUCUAAGUGUAUUACUACAUUCAAUAGAAGAUCUUGAGUAUUUGUAACGUUUGGGUCUGUACACAUUUUUCGGUAUCUAACCAGACAACUUUUAAGAAAUGAUUCUUUAACUUUCAUGUUUUCAAGUAAUUCGUUCCUUUUUUUUUUCCGCAGCUGGUCUUCGAUGCGUAUAUUGUGGCUCUGACGAUAAUAGAGACCAUGGUGAGUAGUUGACGUUAAUCCUUUAAGUAUAACAGGAAAAAAAACGUUUAAAAGUUUGCCUUACUACCUAAACGCCAGAUGCACUCUUUCGUCAUUCUCACGGAACUCAACAACGUAAUUACUGCAAGCCCCCAGGCGAGCAGCAUCCUAAUUUUUGUGUGUCCUGUGAUUUCUUGGGAGUCCUGUCGCUAUAUAGUCGUCAGGAUCUUUAUUUUUGUUUGUCGUAACACUCUUAUUUGUAAUGUCGCUUAGUUUCGCUCAUUGUGGUACGCACAAUCAUUUUCCAAUUAUAGGCGCAGAGAACUCGAUGUUGUAGUACUCCCUUGUAUGCUUGUAUUCAGCCACUAUUAAUUGACCCAACAAAAAGGUCUGUAAUAAGCAAAAUGAGUAUUGUGUGUACGUCCACCAGACUGCUAGCAAGCUCUCCUUUUGGUGGAGUCGCGAGAAGUCACGCGAGAGCUCACUCACGCGUACUCUCGCGGCUCGCUUCCCUCGCCAUGAAUGGAGAGCUAGCUAGCGGGCUAACCAGAUUUUUACCCCAGCGGCACAAGUAAGUAGACUUUGGAGUUAAUUUGUGUUCCUGUUUUCUCCUUACCAGGCACAAAUAGACCAGACGGAACAAGAAGCCGAGGCUAUAAGACAAGCAGAGCUUGAAAAAGAGAAAGAGCGCGAAGCAUUACAGAAGAGAGCAAAGGAAAAGAAGGACAAGAAAGGAAGAAGGAGUCCAGGAAAGGGUGGAUCACCUUCCAAGACUGAGACUCCUCCCCCACGUAUGUGCUAUUUGUUAUCUUAUUCCUUUCAGGUUUGAGGCGCGUGAGACUGGGUCGGUGCUAUAUAUGUCAAAUUGCAUCAUGGGACUGUGGAUCAUGGGGACAGCGGAUGCUAUCGCCUCUGUAUUGGCUAUUACAAAAUUGCGCGGGAAACUGGGUCAAAAUUCGUCCCUCAAACGGUCCCAGUCUCAUGCGAAACAACAAAAUUUGAAGUUGCACGUGAGACUGGGUCAGUGCUAUGUCAAAUUGCAUCAUGGGACUGUUUUGGGGAUGCUAUCGCGUCUUUUAUUGGCUGGGUUAAAAUUUGUCCUCCAAACAGUCCUACAGUGCAGUUUGGCACCGCACUGUCAAAGUCUCCGCCCAGAUUGCAUUAUUGAACUGUCUUGGGCUAUCUCUUCUUUCAUUGUCUAUAUGAUGCAAAGUUGUCCACGAAAAUGGGUCAAAAUUCGUCCGGGGGGAGGGGGGACAAGGAGUGUUAUGGGAGAUGCGCGAAUGGCGAAUGAAAGGCUAGGGGAACAAACAGGAGAAGAAGUUUAAAAUCGUGUUCUUUUAUUCACGCCUUUUAGACUUAUAUUUUCUACAAUUAUAUUCUUUACUUUACAAAGCGCCCCCAGAGGAACAGGAAGGUCAGUCUGAAGAGGAACAACUCAAACAAAAGACAAAAGAGAGAGCAAGGAAAGAAUUCCUUGGAGCAGUUGCCUCGGAAGGUAAAAAUAAUUGUUAAAUGUGGCUAGGUAUUUCGAUUCAUUGCGCGCGCAUUUUCGCAAACAGCUCGCGCAAACUCGAGUGUUCUCGAAGGUCUCGUGCCGUGAAGUACUUUUAUGACGUUUUAAAACACUUUCAACACUUUUGUGCAUGAAUGCUAAGAAACUGGUGAUUCAAAGGAAGUGUGCACCUUUCAAUGGCGUCUAUGCCCGUUUGUGUUGUAUUGCAUGUUUUGUUAUACUUAAGCGUUUUUCGUUGUUAUAUUUUGCAUCUCUUUUUUCCCAUAUUUUUAUUGGCAGAUGGUGGAUUAAAAGCUCGUCUUGAGAUGAUCAAGAACCAUGCAAUUACGGUACUUCAAGAGCUUAAGGUAAGAUUUAUUUCCAAACUUUUUCUUCAAACAAUAGAGCGUUCUACGGUGAAGUGUUUAAAACGUAAAACUCUGACCAAUCACAGCGCAAACCUAUCUAGCCACUUACCAAUCAGAGCUUGAAGAAAAUCCCAAAGCGCGGGAAACGCUUAUGAACAAAACACAUUUGGUAAUGGCUUUACUCCUCAUUAGUGGAAAAAGUGACUUUCAGCCAAUCAUAUCGUGCAGCAUUACAAAACCCAAGGAAUGUUUCACGUUGCCUCAUAAAGUUUUUUUCGUUAUCUACUUCAAUUCAGGGAAAGGCCGACUCGACUUACAAGGACAUGGAUGAUUGGUUAGGAGAGAGGUUUCUACAGGAGGUGGAAAGGUAACUUGUGAUAAAAAUGUUAAAGUGAAUUACGUCACAAGCAUCAAGGUCCAAUUUUGUCACCGAAAAAUUAACAUGGCCUGUUGUUAAUUGUUUUAGCAUCAAAGAAAUGGCGGAGAAUGUGCGGUUUGCUCUCGAGAAAGAAGAAAAGUUGCAAGAAGAGGUUCUCCUCGAGGACAAAGACUUCAUCGUUGAUUUGGUAGAAGUAGUUUCUUUUCUUUGAACAGUUAUGGAUUCCAAUUUGAGUGACAUUUUGACCUGCUGUGUAAGGUUUGCUUUGCUAACAAUGGGACGAGUUUACACUAGUUACCGUAAUUUUUUUCACGUAUCGAUGAAACGUUUUUGCUUUAUUUGCCUUUCUCCAUUAAGAGGCUUCUACAGUAUAAUAUUGUUGGCCUUUUCAACAAAUCCUCAUACGUUCAUAAUUGCUGUGAAUGUUUCAUAGACAAAAAGACCUUCGUGAUACUUUUCUCACGGGUAGCAAUUUCCACGUGCGGUCGCGCAUUUCACUUCUACUAUCCCGAGGGAAAGUGAGGGACUACCCGUAGUCUAUGGACAAGUACUUUUCCCGUGUGUGACAUAUAUACGCGAAUUUAGGCUUUAAACGAAUUUUCAUGAACACUAUCUUUGCUGGUUUUUAUCCAGGACACCAAGACCUUCAAGACUCCCACACCGCCCCCUCCUCCAAGCCCUACUGAGGUACCACAGAGUGAUAUCUUCACUGUGGCCCAGUUGCUGAACCUUUACCGACAGGUUUGUAAAUGAAUUUUAUUCCACUUGAUGACCACAUCACCUGUAACCACGGCUAGCUGCUUCUUAUUCACUUCACAAAUUUUCGUGUUUUUUUCCUCCUUUUUUGCAGCUUGUGAAAACGGCUCCAAGUGGUGUCAUCUCUAAUCGCGCCUUUUGUGAUACGAUCAUGGACAUGACUGCAAUUACGGUGAGAGCUCAGCUUUUAUAUUUAUUGAGCUCUAUUGAUGUGCUUAGUUUUUGAUCGCAGUGGUUCAAGAAGAAGCUAAAAGAGUAGCAUGCGUGACAAGCGUUUCAGGGGGAAACGAAAAGGGGAAUUAAGGCGUAAGGCGCGAGGAAGGAGAUAAGAAAAGGAUCCCUUCCCUCCUUCUGCGCGCGCAUUUCAUGUUCUCGUGCGCUUUAACUGCCCCUUACCCUUUUCCUUUGCCAGGCAGGCUACUGAAACUGAAAGAGCAUGGUUAGAUGGUAGAGUGACAGAGUUAAAAAGCACUACCUUCCUGUAAUGUCUGCCAAGUUUAGAAUUUUCCUGGGCUCAAACUGAGCAAUGAGGACGAAAUUAACUUAUACAAUGUACAGAAUUUGAUUUAUCUCUUUUCUCUCUUUGCAAGAGUUGCACGGAUAAAACCUCCAUCUACCCAUUCGCUUCAGGGAGAAGUCAACUUUCGCCAAGACUUCUGGGAUUAUUACUAGGGACAAUCCCAGAAACCAUUGCGGGUCAUAUCUCGGCUCCAGUUCCCUUUUCCUUUCUAAAAUGGCGUGUCGUCUGUUCCUUCUCUCGAUUGAAUCAUCGUCAGUCUUUUUUUAUACGUCGAAGGCCAUCUACACGUGUCAGUAAAGUGCUUGUUGUUGUUUUGUCAUCCUUUUUUAAUGACUGUUUUUUUAAUCACAGUACGGGAUGGAGUUGCUUCCGGACUCGUGGAUGAACAUAACUCAGCAACAGGUGAGAUUCAAUGAAACAUGAGAUUGAGUUUAGCUUGUGUUGAGAACACCCUUGGAGGUAGAAAUUGUCAAAGGAGUCGGUUGUCAGUCAGCGCAAAGUGUCACAGGAGAUUAACCCUGAGGGAACACUACUGUGACCGGGAAUGGCUGUCUGUAUCCCUUCUGGAACGCUGGCCAUUAUCGUCCCUGUGACGUUUCAUUCAUAUGCAACCAGCUUUGGUUUAUCGUUGAUUCACUACGACACGAAAGAGGUCUAUUAAAACAGAGUUCACUCACACAGAGGCUCAGGGGAGGGUGGCCCGUAAAAUGUUAGGGAUGGGAGGGUGGGAGUGAAAUGAAUAAAAUGUGUAACUGGGGAGGGAGGGCUUCAACGUCGGCUCUAAAAUUGAAAGCUGACACAUACUUUAUCUCCUUUUGGUUGGAGUAAAUUCGAUCCCAGUCCCCUAUAGGGUGCGUUCUUUUGGGAUAAUCCGGAUCAUGAGCAGUGAUCCGAGAUCACUCGGAUCAUGGUAGAUCAAAUGAACCGAUGAAUCCUUGUCCAGAGUGGAUUCAUCAGUUCAUUUGAUCUAACGUGCAUGAUCCGAGUGAUCUCAGAUCACUGAUUCUGAUCUGGAUCAUCCCAAAGGAACACACCCGUAGAUUUCACCAGAACGCUCUGAAUCCAUAGUUUUUUAAGGAUUUCAAUCAGUUCCUAUCUUUUACGUUUCUAACUACAGUUGAAUACCUUGAUUACAGCUUCAAGAUGUGAGCACAGUGCUUGCUUUAGAAACCGAGUUUAUCGACUGGCGGAGGUUUCUGCUCGCCGCUGCGCAGCCCUGGCCACCAGCAUCAAAGAUGGAUCUUUUGUUGACAUUGGAGCGCUGUAGAGAGGUGGAUACGAAGCUUUCGGGGAGACUAACACAAGACGAGUUUGGACAGGUGUGACCCUUCUCCCUCCGCAGAUUUAAGAGUUAGAACCACCUUUGUUCGGAAAGUACUGCUCAGCAGCUUUCAUUUGAAUGGUAACACUUUGGGAUUUUAUCCACGGACUCAAAUGUUAAAACCACCUAGUAUAGUUCUAGCCUUCAACUCUAGUAUUUCGCUUGCAAAAUUAAAAGCUAAAACCACUUUGCCCAGUGUAAUAAACAACACCGCAGGGAAUUACUGCUCAGCAGUGUUUGCUUGAAUUACACGUUCUUACAGUUUUCAAGAUAGCACUUUACUCUAGAUCUCCUAACUUUGUAGGACCUGGGGGCCGUUGUUUGAAAGUCCCGGUCACGUUUUUGGCCCGGAAAGCUGUUUUGUGUUUGCCGUUUUUGCAUUCACGAUCAACGUCUCAAUAAUUUUGAAAAUGAUACAAUAAAACUAUCAGUUAACAAAGCAAAAUUGAAUAGGUUGUGAGCUAGUAACUGUGCCACUAUUCAACAGGUUGAAUAGUGAUUGAUUUUAACAUUUCCCUUCGGGUGCGAAAAGUUUCCGGAUCUUUUGAGAAACGGGCCCCUGCACCUCCAAAAUAGGACGGUAUUGUCAGCACUAUGGGGCCUUUUCCUCUUAACAAAAUCUAGAAUGUCUGUGGUUGGGAUAUCUGUAUUUUAAAUGAAAAUGCCAUUGCCUGUUUACCGUUUUAAAUUCCCGUGUAGGUUGACUUGUGGUUUUUUGACCAAGAAGAGCUUGAACAUCCACAAGACCCGGAUGUACCGCCUGUUUUUGACAGACAAGGGAAACUGAAAAAUGUGAGUAGACCGUGAAUGGCAGUGGCGGACCUUCAAAUAAGGGAGGGGGCGGUCUCAAAAAAACUUUUUUUCAGCUGUUCGGGCCUCAGUUUGGACUAGAAAUAAUAGAAAUAAGGGGGGGCGGGUCCCCCGGGCCUCUCCCCUGGAUCCGCCACUGGGUGGUUUUCAGUCGCGAUCUGUUUCGCCCCGUGUCCUUAAGGGAAUCCGGAUUCCGGAAUCUGAGAAAAUUUUGACAUGUAGAAUCCGGAAUUCGGGAAAAUUUUGCUCGUGGAAUCCAGAAUCCUGAGCUUUGGAAUCCAGAAUCAGCUCAAGGGAUCCGGAAUCCUACUAACGAUUGGAAUCGAGAAUCCAAGUUUCACUGGAAUCUGGAAUCCGGAAUCCGGAAUCCGGGAUCCGGGAUCCGGAAUCCAUGUUAUCCGGAAUCCGGAAUCCGGGAUCCGGGAUCCGGAAUCCAUGUUAUGCGAUCCAGAAUCUAAGGCUGUCUUGGAUUCCUUACAUGGGACGACCUGUCACUAAACUAAGACCAUUACUAAACACUAAAAUAAACACUAAGGACGUAAAAUAGACAAUAAUAAGUACAUACUCUCGUUGUUCCUUUCUAAAAUUAUACUAAAAGACGUAAAGCAGCGUUUCUAAACCUGCGAACAUUUUCACCGUUCCUGACUUUUAAGAGGCAGUCCCGCUAACAGCGGUCCGAUCGAUUUCGCGUCAGAAAAAAGUCUCCCUUUAAACUUUGUACACUAAAAGGGUUUGGUAUAUAAGUAAUAAAAAUGAUUUUCUUUUUUGCAAAUAAUAUAUUUCCGCUUUCCCACAGGCGUGAUCACGUCCGGGCCAAUUCGUCUCCUCCAGAGCCCGAUUUAAAGACCGAAAAUUGUCGUUUUUGAAGGUCGCGUCAUAUCGAAACUACAGAUAAUUAUAAAGUAUCUUUUACACCAGCUGUUUCCACUGCCUUUUAUUGACAAAUGUGCAAACUAUCGAACUUUUUGAUAAUUUUGCAGAAAAUCUGUAAGUCCCGAAAGACACCACUCUGAACAGGUCGCCCGACUGCCAAAAAACAUGCUCAGAUUCGAGAGCUAAAAUCUCAAUUGUGGGACAAAAAUCUGAUAUGAAAUUUAUAUCAAGAUCAAGGUAUUACUUCAUUUUAAGAGGUUCUAAAGUCAAAUCUGCGGGUAUCCGCCUGCACACGGAGCAGCGAGAAGGUAAAUUUGGCCAUCAUGGCACUUUGUUUACAAAAAUAACUCUGACUCUUUAAUUAGUAUCAUAUAUUUAUCUACUCGACCGAUCACUCGCUUGACCGAAAAAAUAUUCACAGCUCUAAAAUUUGCUUAAAUGUUUCCUCAAAACCUUCAAAUAAGCGCUUUUUUGUAAUUUUAUUUGAAAAUCAAAAAAGGCGAAAUAUUUUAGGUUUAUAGAGCUAAGGUCAAAGAAACCACUAUUGCUUAUAUGCAAAUUAGCUGGUUGUCACGCAAUACCUAACCAAAGUGGAUGAGAAAGCAGAGUUUGUAUCAUGGCGACUCGUUUUCUAAAAACACGAGAAUUUGGAGACUGUGGGGAAUUUCGAGGUAUAGCUGAGCGUGUGUGCUUAGAUCAAUGUAGGAACGAUUUAAGUCAACAAUUUUUCCCGAUGUCAUUUGAGUCGAGGGCGGAUUAUGGAGAGAGAACACAAUUCUGUCUGCAGAAGAUAAAAUCGUGGGAACGCUCGUUCGAGAUUGGCUAGCUUAGCCGUAUUUGCGUUGUAAUAAAAAGGCGACAUGCCUUGUUCCGCCCAUCCUCUGAGUACUCUAAAAACACCCCAAGGGACGGACCAUUAGAGAAACUAAAUUGUUGGUAACAAUAUAAAGGAGCAUUUGUAUACAGGAAAAAAAUACCCAAAAAGUUCAAAAACGUGAAAAAAUGUUGUCGAUCACCUCCCCAGUCACUUUUUAUAUAUUUGUGUGUCCCAAACAGCAUUGCGUUCAGACUUGCAAACCAAAACGUGGAAGCUUUUAUUUUUCGUUUCUGUGUUUAAAUGGCACAAUCUGCUUUACUAUCAAUAUGAAAUGCCCUGUUUGGUGAAUUCUACAGUCGGUUUUGAAGUCAGCCAAUUUACGCAGAAUACGAAUUACUGGCCCUGUGACUGAGAUCCAGCCAUCUAUUAUAUAGCACAGUGUGAAUGUAACGCUCGAGUCGCGCACUGAUAGAAAAUCUAUACGCUUACUAUGUGCCCUAUAUUCGCCUCUUCAGUCAAGAUUAACUUAAAUAUUUCAUCCCAGCUAAAAAAAACCCGGAUGUUUUUGGUUCAGAAUCUCCCAUGAAACAUGAGUAGCGAAAUACGAAAAAUACUAGGCUAACAAAAAUAUGUCUGUAAAAGAAUCCAGGCUAGGCUAAUUUUAUGCCCACGAGACUGUUUUGUAAGGUGGUGUCAAUUCAUCUUAGUGUAGUACAGAAAUCCAGGUGUAAAAUGCACUUUGUGUAUUUUGUUAUCUAAUAAAAGUCUCAAAUCAGAACAAAGUUUCGCAAACAAGUAAAGCCUCCCCGAGCCCUGUACUCCCGCUCAUAUACUAUAAUUAUUUACGGAUCCAGGGUUUCAUAUACAGUUCACUUAUUUUAGGAUUUUCACUAUAAGGGGCGGAACAUGGGUGUGGUGCUGGGGUACGGCUUUCUCAUCAUUCUAAAAGGUUCGUACAUAGAGCUCUUGUUCACAACACCCUCUCGAAGUGGAACAUGCUAACUGAGUUCACGGCCCAGUUGAUUCGCCGAAUAAAAAUCAAUGUGUUCUUUUCCAGCCGUGUUUAUGAGCAGCUACACUCUUCCACCAUGUCGGUAACGUGUUUAAUCAGAGCGGCUUUCUUGUCCGUUGAUUUACGUGGCAGCUCAAAGUGGUCACACAUGACCCUCAGUUCCUUCACAGUAAAGCGCGACAAUGCCUCAGUCUUGACCAGAUCGCAGAUGUCGUAGCCAUCAUAUGUGAUCGGAUGUUCCAGUCCUAUUUGCGACAGCACCUCUUGAACAUCCUUAUCUUUGUUUUGUUGGUCCAGGUGUGCAAGAUCUUCAUCCAGCAGAGUAUUUUCGUCGUCUUUUUCCACGUGUCUCUGAGUCACCUGUUUCUUCUGCGCUGCAGCAAGUCGGGAAAAGAAGGCUUGAACUUGUAUCUUCGUCAGCCACUCGUCUCUCGAGAAUUUUCUAGUGCCGUCUUGGUUUUUGGCGCUUCUCAUAUCCGCUGACACUUGAACUGGAUCAGACUUUCUUCCAGUUUGUACUCCGACGUCAAAUCGGGCUUGGAGAUAUAACUUUACGUUCUCUGAGAACCUUGUCCCACUACCCCUCGGUUUCUGCAAGGCCCAUCCGGCUUCAGAAGACUCCGCAUGAGUUGCUGUCAUAGUGCUUUUUGCUGAUGUAGGCUGCUUCGGUUUCUGCUCACUUACUGACAUUGCUGAGAAUUUCCGAACCCACUCGCGACGCAACUUGUCGUAAACACUUUCUUGAUUUGUGCUGAUGGGAUCAUGAUUGCCAAAGUUGAUGUGGUCCUGUAAGGCAUCAUAGUUAUCGAAUGAAUGUGAGCAGCCGGCUUCGUUGCAUUCGAAUAGCGCAGUUUCUGUGUCAAGCUUUACACUUUGGUUCGUCUUUCCUUGUAGUUUUACACACCUAGGUUGAACAUCCCAGAACUGUAGUUGGUUGGUGGCAGGUUUCAAGGUUAUUGCACCGGGAACUUGGACGUCUAGGUCUGACCACAGCACGAGUUUUCCAGCUCCAAUAUCAUAGGCUUUCCACAUUCGCAGCCCAGUUCCCUCAUAUGAAAAGUUGUGAAAGGUGCUAAAGUUUGGGAUGCGGUUUACCUUGAUUUCUUGAUCAGUGCGCUCUAUCUCGCAAACAGCAGCUGUGCAUCCCUUCACUGGUCGGACCUUGAGCGCUUCACGCAUGUCUGCCGCCGACAGGAUAUCAUUACCCUCGUUACAGAAGCGUCUGACCACGCCCUUCAGGGGGCUGAUGAUGCGGUCGCACACAUCCUUCCCGAACUGCGGCUCCGAAAAGUCAUACCUAGAAAUCAAGGGUGAAAGCGCUUACUGGAAGUUGUUGUUAUCUGAUUAAUCCUUAAAGUAUCGAAACAAACAUCCCCUUGAUAAGAAUUGAAUUUUACUUUCCCGUUUUCUUUUAUACAAAUCACAUCCGGCGCAUGCAUAUUUCGGUAUCCAGAGUGACGAGUUUAUGAUCUCUGCAGUGAAACGCAAUGGAGAAUAAAAAAUACGCACGUGGCUACUUAGCGCACAGAGGUUAUGAAAUAUAUGAAUGUAGCAUGUUUGUUCCUUGAGCUGAUAUCUCGGAGUAGUAAAAUGUUUACGAUGUACAAUAAGAGAUAUAAACAAUAAAGCAAUUACCUUAACACACUUAUGCCAGUAUGAACGUGAACCUCAUUCAAAGCAGCAAUCAGGUUGUUGUUGUGAUAACAUCCAGCUCCAUCUGAACGCAGCAAGGCUUUGCUGAUGUGCGGGUUGGCGAUUUUCAGAGUCUUCAAGAGAUGCUUAAUUAUCGCGUAAACUGUGUAAGAGUCUUGGGCACAAUUGUCAAAGAGAUGCACAUAAGAAGUAACCUCAAGCUGUUCUCUGUCUGCUGGUUUUGAUAGGACACAGCUUAUAUGCCAGUUCAUCCCACGCUUUCCAUACCAUUCUGAUUGUUUCUCGCGGUAUUUCAUCUGUAUAAACUUCAUGGCCCAAUCCAUCACUAUGAGAAUGGUAUCACUCUGAAGGCAAUUAACGGCAUCAGUUUUCGCGCGAUCUUGAUUCUCUGCCCUUAGGAUGUGGGCCUUCCACUGGAGAACCAUGUCCUGUGCUUGAGCAGCAUCGUACAACAUGUCUUCUUGCUGGUCUCUGCUGUAGAACUGGACAUCUUGUGAACCUUUAAUCUCAGACAAAACAGAGCCCAGUGUGUUCCUGAGACUGUCGCAGCUUUCACACAGCUCCAUAUGAUCAUGAGUACAGGAUGUCUUGAACUCUAAGCACUGCGUAUCGCUAAGUGCGUGUUCUCUGCAGUGCUCAGCACACAGAUUGUCGCUGUCUUCACGACAGUGCGCACGGUAGCUCGUUUUUAAGUAGCGCUUUGCUCCCUUUAGAUUAUCCCGAGAUCCCUCGCACCAUUUAUGGCGUGCACCACACUGCUCCAAGUCAUCCACUAUUUUAUUGAGGGUGUCAAAGCCUUCUGCUCCACUUGAUGCCGUGUUAUCUAAGCCCUGGAGUGACUUGCGCUGUGAUGCCUCUCGCACUUUCAAUAUCCUGUAUAAGGUGGACCUGCCUAAAGGCUGAUAGUCUUCUUCUGUGCACCACUGAUGAUAUUGCUCAAUCAUUGUUGAACGCCCUACAGUUCUGACUACGUUAGGCAUAACCAUCUGCUGACCUGAGUCCAGCUUAACUGUUCUCGUUCCAAAAGAAACAUCUUGAUAAAAAUAAGGCUGGUCAACAAAAUCCAAAAAGUGUUCUAGUUUCGACCUAUCAAUGCGUACCCUGUAAUGAGGAACUUUUUCAACUUCGAGCCCAACUCCUACAGUUUUUGCAUGUGUUCUUGCUUUCUUUAUUUGGCGAUCACUGAGCUUCUCAAAGGGCGCGUGCAUUGCCUUCAGUUCGUGUGACGUAUAGCGCAAGGCAUAUAUACUUAGGAUCUGUGUUUUCAGAUUCUUGGUUGGUGCUUGCCUGUAGGCUGACGUCAGUGCCUCGACCUCUUUAUCUGACCUGGAAGCACGCUUCACGUACGAUUUCAGCAACUCCUCGCUAGAGCUUGGUGCGAUCACUUUACACACUGCCCGACAGGCGUCGUCAACUUUCUCUUCGCACAUCUGCUUUUCUUUCUCUGUCGCAGUGCCCCAGUCCACUUUCAGCCUAAAGGUCAACGGCUCUAAAAUCUUGAUAUCGGACAGUCCAGCGAUUUGAGCCAUUGCGGUAUUGUACACCUCAAAUGUCUGGUCUGGAAAAGUCUGCAUGUCCUCGCCUGUGCUGUCAUCGUCCACUGACUCUAGUUUGAGCCAUUGUCCAGGUGUCCAAGGGAAGUCACCAAGUGGUGUGGAAACAGUUGGGGUGUCUGGUGGGAUCUCUCGCAUCUCCGCCAAGGCCUUGUCUUUGCUCUUCCUAUAUGAGACACAAGAAGGCAUUACCACAUGACAAUGAUGGAAAAGCGACUGGCAAGAGACCUACUGCUAAAGGGAAGCUAGGGUGAUUUCCCUCCGAAAACUUCAAGUUAUGGAAUUUAGCAGCAUAUAAGAGGCAUAUCUCUUCUAAUGCCUGAAAUCACCCCGACGGCCACGCCUACACCCAGAAAUUGUUAUUAGAGGGCAUUUCAUAUCGAUAAUAAAGCGAUUGUGCCAUUUAAACAAACAAAUAAAAAAAUAAAAGCUACCACAUUUUGGUUUGCAGGUCUGAACGCAAUGCUGUUUGGGACAAACAAUAUAAAGUGAUUGAAAAGGUGAUCGACAACACUUUUUUCACGUUUUUGAACUUUUACGGUAUUUUUUUCCUAUACACAAACACUCCUUUAUACUGUAACCAACAAUUUAGUUUCUUUAAUGGUCCGUCCCUUAGGCUCGUUUUUUAAACUUUUAGGGUAUUUUUUCCUGGAUACAAAUGCUCCUUUAUGUUGUUACCAACAAUUACGUUUCUCUAAUGGUCCCGUUCUUGGGGUAUUUUCAGAGUACCGAGAGGGUGGAUGGAACAAAGCAUGUCGGCUUUUUAUUACAACGCAAACAGGGCUAAGCUAGCCAAUCCCGAACGAGCGUUCUCACGAUCUUAUCUUGCGCCAACAGAAUUGUGUUUGAGCUAUGACAAGAACUGAGGAUAACUGUUUUUGCGCAUUUUAAUGUCAAAAACAAGAAUAUUUAUAUUAAAGAUACCUAGUCAGCAGUACUGCAUCAUCUUCAUCGCGUGGUCCCGCAUUCGCGUUUCCUCCUUGUAGCCACGGCCAAUUACUCUGGACCCUUUUGCUGUGCGCCUUUCUACAGCUACUACAGAUCGCUUAAAAAAAUCAUACACGAGAUUAUUCAUAAUAUCUGCUAUUUGCGCAAGUUGUUUAUGAGUCUCAAUUAUUUCAAAUAAGAGGUAAUCCAGAAAAUAGGCAAAUACUCACGUGCUCCGACAGGAACAAGAACACCGAACACUUCCAUUACUUCCCUUGAUACCUUCAAAGUAAAUGCGCGAUCUGUUCUGACCGCUCUGUGCUCUCCCUUGUGGCCAGGGUACUUGCAUGAGCUUAACUUUGUCUGAUUUCCCCAGUACUGCCCGAGAUACGCACGGUGCUUCGGACAAACAAGUAUUUUUUUGUCUCUGCGUUUCGGUCGUAUAAAACAAACCUGAACGCACCAAAAUCAAUUCUCCCUCCAUAAUCCGUUCUCGACUCAAAUGACAUCGGGAUAAAUGUUGACUUAAAUCGUUCCUACAUUGAUCUAAGCUUACAAGCUCAGCUAUACCUCGAAAUUCUCCACAGUCUCCAAACUCUCGUGUUUUCAGAAAACAAGUCGCCAUGAUACAAACUCUGCUUUCUCAUCCACUUUGGUUAGGUAUUGCGUGACAACCAGCUAAUUUGCAUAUAAGGAAUAGUGGUUUCCUUGACCUUAGCUCUAUGAACCUAAAAUAUUUUUCCUUUAUGAUUUUCAAAUAAAAUUACAAAAAGCGUUUGUUUGAAGGUUUUGAGGAAACAUUUAAGCAAAUUUUAGAGCUGUGAAUAUUUUUUCGGUCAAGCGAGUGAUCGAUCAAGUAGAUAAAUAUAUGAUACUAAUUAUAGAGUCAGAGUGCCAUGAUGGCCAAAAUUACCUUCUCACCGCUAAGUGUGCAGGCGGAUACCCGCAGAUUUGACCUUAGAACCUCUUAAAAUGAAGUAAGGCCUUGACCUUGAUAUAAAUUUUAUAUCAGAUUUUUGUCCCACAAUUGAGAUUUUAGCUCUCGAAUCUGAGCAUGUUUUUUGGCAGUCGGGUGACCUGCUCAAAGUGGUGUCUUUCGGGACUCACAGAUUGUCUGCAAAAUUAUUAAAAAAUUCGAUAUUUUGCUCAUUUGUCAAUAAAAGGCAGUGGAAACAGCUGGUGUAAAAGAUAUUUUAUAAUUCGUUUUAGUUUUGUUAUGGCGCGGCCCUCAAAAACGACAAAUUUCGGUCCUCAAACCGGGCUCUGGAGGAGACGAAUUGGCCCGGACGUGAUCGCGCCUGUAGGAAAGCGGAAAUAUAUUAUUUGCAAAAAAGAAAAUCAUUUUUAUUACUUAUAUACUAAACCCUUUUAGUGUACAAAGUUUAAAGGGAAACUUUUUUCUGACGCAAAAUCGACCGGACCGCUGUUAGCGGGACUGCCUCUUAAAGGAGUCUCGUUCCAUUCUUUAAAUAAACGUAAGAAGAACGGGGCCAGGGUAAGAAAUCGUUAAGCUCUAGAGAAAUCAUGAUCUACGAAGGUUGUAACGUUGAAGGCUAAAAAGUAAAGUUGUAGUUCAAAUAAGCUGUGACAAAUGGUUUAGUUAAAACUUCAGUCGUUAUCUUAAGCAAUUAGCCAAAUUUUAACUUACAAUUUCUCUCUCAUAAGUACAUUCGCCUUAUUCCCACGACAGGUGUAUUUUACAGUAAUACAAUAAUCCUUAACUUUGCAGGCAUUUUUCCAAAUAUUUUCGGAUAACAAAGACGGCGUCCUUUCGUUGGAUUAUGUUGAUAUGGUAAGUAAGUGGCACCUGUAUUUUUCAAGUGUGAUAAAAAAUAUUUUAAAAGCUUUCAGUUCAAUAACUUGAACUUUAAGUUCAGUUCGUCACGGCGAAUCUCAAUCGUCAUAUUUUUCAGUUGCUUUAUUUUGCUGCUGACCCAGACCCCUUAGAAGGUUUUCUGCGCGGUCUGAGUGUUGUUUCCAACCAACCGAUGCCGUCCAGUAAAUCAUUAGUGCAUCUACCUCAGCCAAUGACAGACGAAUACGGCGGUGACGUCAGUGUUCCACAAAUCCAGGUACGUUCGGUAACAUUAUUUAACAUGCUACUGAAAUAUCCUAGCACUUCAACAAAAAAAGCUCGUUCCCAGGUUCUCGUCCUACUCGUCCCCCCUCUCCUUUUUGGUGGACGAGUAGGAAACUAUCCUGGGACCGAGCUUGUGUUAUGAAUUUCGUUACUUUAUCAAAUAUUGUAACCUUUUUUAAAGCUCUUUUAGUGAAAGACAUCUAAUUUCUCGUGUUUUUACCACUUUCCUCUACAAAUUUGUAGUAUAAUUCCAAUAGGCCUUUUUUUUAGUUUCUUCUAGCCUUAUUUUCAGAAUGAAGCUAAAGGUGAUGUCUUUAAAAUGAAAGUAGUUUCUAUUCUCUUGCAAGUAAAAAACCCGUUUUCAAUAUGAAAGGUUGCGUACUAAGCCAAAGUUUGAAGGUGAGUGUUUUUGGUACUUGACAUGGCUUAUAUCAAACUUUCAAAAGAUAUUCAACGACCUACAUCUUCUGCGCUGGUCAAUAUUUUUUUAUUUGAACUAGCUAAAAAAUUAGCGCAAAUAACGAAAACAAGUAAGGGGUCUCUACUGAUUUUGAUUUUGAAUUUUUCCUUUUGUUUUUAUUUGAAAAAAGCUUAAAAUAAUAGCGAAAACACAAAGUGGUCUCUGUUAAUUUUGAUUCUGAAUUUUUUCCUUUUUGUUUUAGGAACCGCAAUCACCACCACCUGAAAUGAGUUCACUCGUUACACUGGAAAAUUUAAUGAGGGUAAGAGCGCAUUAUUACCAUUGCCUAAAAUUCAUGUUCCUACAACUGCGCAUGACAUAAGACAAGUGCAUCAGUUUGCAUCAGCAGCUUAAACCUCAAUACAACUUCUUGUUCUUGUUUGGUUUCGCAGUUUAAGAGAAGAUAAAAGAUUUCUUUGCGGAGCUCUUUGGAGACUUCUUUUUCAAAGUUAUUGAUAAAACAUAAAAGACAAAGGUUUUGACAACUGAUCCUGAUUAUGAUAAAAAUCCGGCGAAGUUUGCGUUGAAUUGCUCCGAUAAUUUUCAAGCUUUGCGAAGAUGUGCCCCAAACACUUUCAAGAGUGAAUCCAAAGAACUCGAAGGUGGUUGUUACCUGCGUGCGGAAAACCAACAAAGAAAAGAAAAAGAAACAAGCACUCUAUUCGAGCGUCAAUGUAUUUAGCACGAACGUACAAAUUCGGGACACUAUUUUUACGUCUCCUGCUUUAGACAGAACCACCAUUUUACGUGGCCGUCCGAGCCAGACGAAGGCCUAGCCGUUUGCAUGGCGUAUACAGUACCUUCAUUUCUCAGAGUUUUAUGACCCUGAGUAUUGGUCCGGUCCCGGUAAUCGAGCUCUGCAGUCCCUAGUGCUAGGAUUUUCCUAGUACUAGGAUCUUCCUAGCUGAGAGGUAGGAAGAUCCUAGCACCAUGUAAACUGCCUUCGCUAGGAAGAUCCUAGUACUAGGGACAAACGCGACAAAAAUGUCGGCGGGUCGUUCAUUGGCUAAUUACGGCAAUAAAGGCCGACCAUUUCGUUUAGAGUAAUCCACGAGCAGAUUAUUGUGCUAAUUCAGCUGAAAGGCAGUUGAUUUACGCCGGUGAAGAGAGCAGAAGGACCCAAAUUACAUUUUUGAUUUUGUCGUCCGCCAUUUUUAAUUCCUUCUCUAACCUUCUCUACUUGGACAACUCACGGGCCGAAAUUUCUGCAUGUAAACCCAACGUAAAGUUAUUCCACCUUCUAGGAUCUUCCUGGUACUAGGAUCUUCCUCCCUCCAUGUAAACAGCCCCUUAAUCCACAUCUAACGCCAUUUAACCACAGGCUUUCCGCCACGGCGAGGGAAGACUGGAAGACACUUAUCGACUGAGUUUGACCGCUGACCCAGAUGACACAUUCGCAAAGGUGAGUGUUUCUUUCCCUAAUUCCGUUUAACUUCUCUAUGAAUAGUUAUUCUCUGAAUAUAUGUCAAAGUAAAAGUUAUAUAGCAAUUCUCACCAGGUUUCUCUCAUUUCGCAGGAACGUUUAGCGGGAGUGUUUGCGGAGCUUGGUGCUGAGGAGAGUGAGUCCGUCCCAUUUCACUUACUGUACCAGCAUCCCAUAAUACAGGACUGCAUGCACAUGUGUCAGCGUUUUAAAACAGUUGUAAGUACUCUGUUCUGUAGUAGCUGGAUUUUUUACUUUACAGAUUGAACGAAACUUUAGGCUACAGGAACAGUAUGAAUUGGGGGCUAUGGAAUAACGUGAAAUAAAUAUAUUCAGAAAUUGGGGAGGGUAAAACCAACUUUAAAGGAGCUAUUCACGCUAUUUGCUGUCUUUUUAAAAAGCUAAAUAUUUUUUCGCAUCUACUGAAUUUCAAAACUAAUGAUCCAGUUUUGUUAUUGAAGACGAUAUUUAAGCAUCAAAACUGUUCCUUGUCGUCUGUUGCAAAGAAUGGCAAGGAUGGACAUGUAUUGAAACGGCUCCAUUGGUGAAAUAAUUUUGUCACGGUUCAAGCAUUUUUAACAACAAGAAAAUCCGGUUUUUUUCCGGCAAAAUUCAAAAAGUUUGGAAUUAUCUAGCUGUAUUUUUUAAUACUAAGCUCCUGUUUCCAGUUUUUGGAGUAGGCGACAUAAUUUGAUAAAAUCUUACCAAACAGCCAAAUGAAUUAAGAAAAAUAAACUAAAAUCCUAUCAAAUGCAGACCUGAUGAUGUUCCCCUUCUCUUUAUUUCAGGAUCUUCGAAACUCUGUUAAGAGUACAGCUGUCGAGUGUUUUGAGUGAUAGUACUAAAGCGGACGACACAGUUAUUUAUUCAUUUUAAAAGCUAUUCAGUUUUCCUCCCUCC